UCUCACUUAAACAAAUUCGCGUUGGUCUCAAUCUCUCUCUGGUUGGCCUAAAUAUUUCCCUUUGAUACUCUUUCGUCCGUUUUGGUUCAAAUUCAAAAUUCUCUCACGGGUUCCACUGCGAUUAUCUUCGAAGUAAAAGAUUAGAAGGCUAAAACAGUGAGAGAGGGCCCAGCAAUCAAAAAUCAAAUCGAAUAUUGCAGAGAAGAAUAGAGAGGAAAGAGAAGGAAAUGGCUUUAAAUGGAAAUGGUUGCUGUUGGAUUCAGGAGCGUAUUUUAAGUAGAAAUGGAUGUAGUGUGUUCCUCGCUCCCAGGAGUAGGUCCUCUGCUGUCAUUUUGCCCCGCAAGUCAACCGCUCUCUCCUUUUCCUCUUCCUUUCAAUUCCAAGGAUUUGUGGUGGAUAGGAAGCAGAGCUCCUCCUCUAUGCAAACGGCUGCAGUCCGCCAUUUGGUGGGAUCUGUUACCAAAACUCAAGGCCUUCGCUUUGCUGUGGUUGUCGCUCGUUUCAAUGAGAUUGUGACAAGGCAGCUCUUGGAGGGCGCUCUGGACACUUUCAGAAAGUAUUCAGUUAAUGAAGAAGACAUUGAUGUUGUUUGGGUCCCGGGUAGUUUUGAAAUAGGUAUUGUUGCAGAAAGGCUGGGCAAGUCUCGAAAUUAUCAUGCAAUUUUAUGUAUCGGAGCUGUGAUAAGAGGAGAUACUACUCACUAUGAUGCCGUGGCUAAUUCUGUUGCAUCUGGGGUGCUUUCAGCUGGCCUAAACUCUGGUGUUCCUUGCAUAUUUGGUGUUUUGACUUGUGAGGACAUGGACCAGGCAUUAAAUCGAGCUGGUGGUAAAUCUGGGAACAAAGGUGCAGAGUGUGCUUUGACAGCGAUUGAGAUGGCUUCCUUGUUUGAUCACCAUCUUAAGUAGCCUCAGCUUUAUCCAUUACAUGAUGAACUUGUGUUGUUGCUGUGGGAUCAUUCUAUCUGGGGAGUUUACGCAAAAGCAAAACGGUAAACAUAGAUAGAUCCCGGAACUCUAAUUUGCAAUUUUCUUGUUAUACACUAUUCUUGUCGGUCUAAUAAAUGACCAAUGCUUUUGCUUUCUUUUAUUUAUUUGUUGUUUCUGGUACUUCUGAGAACUCAUUAAGGGCUUCGCUAUUACCCUUUCAAUAAUCCGAUUGGCUAAUGUUUACCAACCUCA